AUGCAGAAAAAUAAGCAAUCAAUAUCUAGUGUGUUAUCGAAAUACGUCAAUGAAUUUGGGAAAAAUGUAUUUUCAAGUGAUGGGUCAGCUGUUUUUUGCAAAUUAUGCGAAGUUCGAGUAUCCGCAGAUCGAAGAUACACAGUUACGCAUCAUUUAAAAACUGAUAAACACAGCCGCGCCAUAAAUCGCCAUCAUAAUGAUACAACCUCAAAAGUACAGCAACAAUUAACAUUGUGUUCAAAAAAAUCUACAUUUUCCAAAGAUCUUUGUCAAACAUUAUUAUCUGCUAAUAUUCCUCUAAAUAAAGUUAACAACGAAGAUUUUCGUUUGUUUCUGGAAAAAUAUAUAAAAAAAGAAAUUCCUGACGAAAGCACUUUACGAAAAAGUUACGUAAAUGAUGUUUACGUAGAAACUAUGAACAAAAUUAGAUCCAACAUUGCUGGACACAAAAUUUGGGUUUCGGUGGAUGAAACCACCGAUGUCCAAGGAAGAUAUAUUGCCAAUAUUAUUAUUGGAACAUUAGAAAUAGACAAACCGGGGCAAGUUUAA